UCCGUACCCCUAAAACAUACGUCAGAAUGGAGCGAAACUUUUAACCGGCGUGGUCGUUCAAACUCGUCGCGGCUCCCCGACAACAUGAUUUAGGAAUUCUUUAAAAGACACAACACAACAUCAUGACGACUAUGGAGGGGCUGGAGAUGUCGACCAUGAUCCCGGCUCUUCAGGAGCUUGCCAGCGCCAGCCCAGGAGAAUACGAUGAAGCUGUCAAGAAACCUCGACGGAUCCUGUGUCAGUUCAUUGACAGGAUCCUGACGGACGUAGACGCAGCGUCUCUCGGGUUGAACAAGAAGUCCACUUCGGAGCCCGCCUGCAUCAUGCUGCUGGACUUUGUGCAGCACAUCAUCAAGUCGUCCUCGCUUAUGUUCGCCAACCCUGCCUGCCAGCCUGCAGAUUACCCGGAUGCCACGCAAGGCUGUACCGAUUUCAGCAAGUGGGUGACGCUUCGCCUCCUGCGCGUGGCCGCCGCCCCGGACUGCAUCAGCAUCCACGGGCAGGCGCGCGGCGCCCUCUGCUCCCUGCUGCACUCGCUGCUCAUCCGGGCGCCGUUCAUCUUCGCCCGCCUGGCCCACGACUUCGUCCUCCUGGCGCACGACUUGGGCGCCACCCUGCGCGCCCACGUCGGCUCCCGCUCGCCCGGCCUUUGGCCCGUUGCCCUCCAGUCCUUCGCCGCCCCCCCGCCUUGCGCCAACCUCACCGCUUCGCCUCUCGUUCUGGCUUCGCCGUCGGCGUUGGAGACGCUGGCUGCGGUGACCCUGUACGUGGUCACCGACGUCAUAAGAGGCGUAAUCUCCCCGCGUGACCUGAGGCUGGCCUGGGAGACCGCCUGCGACAUCCUGGCGCACGGUAACGCCCGGCUGAGGACGGUCGCCAUGGCGAUGCUGAGGCGGCUGGUGGACCUGGGGGGCUUCCCGGAGGCGCAGGGACACCAGUUCUUCGCCGCCUUCCUCCACGUGCUCGAAACGCAAACGGGCGGAUACGAGGGGGAGCUGCUCAGUCUGACUCGGUGCGUGUUUCACCAGGCCGGCGCCCGACUGGAGCCGACGUACCUGGCGCAGGUGUUGGAGAGCGUCUGCGCUGUCGCGGAGGCCCAGUGUUCCUACGCAGGAAGCUCGGAGACCGGCGCCCCCUUGGGGACGGAGGUGACGCAGUCUCUGUGCCACGCCUUGGACUCGGCGCUGUCGGUCGCCGGGGGUUACGAAAGCGGUGCCACGCUCCAGAGGAGGCGAGUGGUGGAGGUCUGCGAGAUGCUGGCGCGCACCGUGGGAAUGGAAACUCAAGCUGAAUGCGCGUGGGGCUUUCUGCAAGCCGCGCUCAAACCAGAGGUGGCCCUGGUGACCCGGCAAGCCCAGGACGGGCCUUCGCCAGCCAAGAAAUUCUGCAAAGCGCCCCGCGGUUCACCCAGCACUUCGCUGCCCGCCGAAGCGCACGUGGGCGCCGGCAGCAAGGUCUGGGCCGCGCUCAGCCGCCGCUUGGAGGAGCUCCUGGCGCUCUUCAACCCGGGUGCCGAAGAACCCGAGAGCGCCUACAGGCUCGCCGCACUUCGGGGGGUCGCGCUCAUCCUCCGACUGGCCGCCGUCUGCGCCUCACCCACGAGGCCACCUCGUCUUAUUUGGGUGUCCGCUGAGAACCUGCGAAGGACAGUGCAGAGCUGUCAGUCGGUGCUAGAGGGCGCCGCUCAACCCGUCUCCAACCAGAACUACUACAAGUCCGUCGUCCAGAUCACUGUGCGAGUCCUCGACUGCAUCCUCUACCUGUCCGUGUGCCACGUAGGCGAGGACGCCCUCCAGCGGCACGCGUGCGCACUUCUCUCGCUUCCCUGGGUGCCGGAGCACAAGUCGGCCUCGGCCUACAAAAGUUCGGGCUUCGCUUCCUGGGUCCCCGUCUUGGCUCAGAGGCUCCACUUUUGUUUCCCGAGCGAGAUUCAGGCGCAACUUAUUUCUCUGGUGGCGCGUCUCCGUGGUGGGGUGUGCGAGGCCUGGCGUGCGUUUGUGUUCUCUGCGGCCUUGCGAGGUCCGGAUGAGGACGUGAGAGUUUCGGCAGUCCGGGCCCUCCCGAUUCUUCUUCACCACCUGGAAAGUUCCCGGCACAACCUCCUCACCGCCACAGCCUUACAGCUGGAGGAUAAUUCGGAGAAGGUCCAAACGGAGCUGGCUCGGAUCGCGGGCCAUCUGAGCUGCAUCCAGUCGGGGUGCUCGCUACUAGCUGACGGCGCGCCGUGUCCGGAAGAGCUCGUCUGCCUCCGCCUCUGUCUGGCGGCGGAGCACCCCGGCAGCGCCCCCCCAUCUCUGACGGCGUCCUUUGUCAAACCUUUUCUGCCUCUGCUCGCACCGCAGGCCCCCGGUAGCGUUAAACAAGCAUUCCUGGAAGCGCUGCCUCACCUCUGCUGCCACGUCCGUCUGUCUGCGGGCGGCGACGACUCCCGGGAGCUUCUCCACGCGCUGGUCGGGCUCAUGGAGGACUCGGACCCGGGCGUCAGAAAGGACCUCGGCCGAUCGGUGCGCUUCCUGCUAACGGAGCCCAACACGUGCACCCCUGACGACGGCCCGGUCAGCGAGUUGCUGGUCGCCCGACUCAAAGAGGCCUUCAACAACGCCAAAGUCAGCAGGGACGACGACCUGCGCCACACUCUCAUACUCACCGCCGGCGAGAUUGGCAGAGCCUCUCAGGGCAGCUUGGUGUCCUUCUCCCUCCUGCGCCUGCUCCACUGCUUGCUUUCCAAGUCGUCGCCCGUGUCCGUUGCCGCCUACACUCAGAUCCGAGCCCUGGCGGCCGCCAAAGGGAUCAAACUGCAAACGCUCUUCAGUCAGUACAAGAACCCCAUUUGCCAGUUCCUGGUGGAGUCUCUGCACUCGCGUCACUCCCCGGCCCCGCACGGGACGCCGCGCGAGGGCGCCGAGACGGCCAAUCAGAAGGAUGUCGCGCUCGACAUCCUGGCUCAGAUUGCGCACGCGUUCGACUUCCCAGAUCUCCACCGCUUCCUCUCUCGGACACUGCAGGUGCUGUUGCCCUACUUGGCCGCCAAGGCCAGCGCCACAGGCUCCGCCCUCAUCCGCACGCUGGCCAAAGAGCUGAAGGCCAACCGGCGGGAGAUCCUGAUCAAUAACUUCAAGUACAUCUUCAGCCACCUGGUCUGCUCCUGCACCAAGGAGGAGCUGGAGAGGGCCUUUCACUACCUGCAGAGCGAGACGGAGAUCGAGCUGGGCUCGCUCCUGCGCCAAGACUUCCAGGGCCUUCACAACGAGCUGCUGCUGCGCUUGGGCGAGCACUACCAGCAGGUCUUCAACGGCCUGGCCAUCCUGGCCUCCUUCGCGUCAAACGACGAUCCCUACCAGGGUCCCCGUGACAUCGCCACCCCAGAACGCAUGGUGGACUACCUUCGGCCAAAGCUGCUGGGAAUUCUUGCCUUCUUCAACAUGCAGUUGCUCAGCUCCGGUGCAGGCGAGAAGGACAGGAAGAAGCUGGCGCUGACCAGCGUGAUGGCUCUGAUGCGACUGAUGGGCUCCAAGCACAUCAGCUCGGUGCGGGUAAAGAUGAUGACCACCCUGCGCACCAGCCUCCGCUACCGAGAAGAAUUUCCUCUGCUCUGCUGCAAAACGUGGGAGUGUUUUGUGAGAAGCGUGGAGCCCCCGCAUCUGGGCCCCCUGCUGAGUCACGUGAUCGUGGCGCUCCUGCCGCUCGUUCCCUUGCAGCCCAAAGAGACCGCCGCCAUCAUCCGCUUCCUCAUACUGGACAACAGGGAAGAAGUCAACGACUACCUCCAUGAGAUUUACUUCCUGCCGGACCAUCCCGAGCUCAAAGACAUCCACACUGUGCUGCAGAACUACAAAAAGCUGACAGCCAGCAACAGCGACCUGGCGUCUGCGCUGCAGCUGUCCAUGAGAGCCGUUCAGCACGAGAACGUCGACGUCCGCAUACACGCGCUGACCAGCCUCAGAGACAUGAUGCACAGCAACCAGGAGUGGCUGCUGCGGCAGGUGUGCGCCAGCGAGUCUGUGGAGCCGGUCAUCUCCAGCCUGGUGUCGGUGCUGCUCAAGGGCUGCCAGGAUUCGUCACCCGAGGCCCGACUCCUGUGCGGCGAGUGUCUCGGCGAGCUGGGCGCCGUGGACCCGGGACGGCUGGACCUGUCGCCGGCGCACGCCCACGGCGACCGAAACACCUUUGUGAGCGGCGUGGACGACCCCAACUUCGCCCAUGACCUGCUGACUGAACUGACCCGAACUUUUCUGGCUUACGCCGACAACGUCCGAGCCCAGGACUCGGCUGCUUACGCCAUACAGGAACUCCUCUCCAUCUUCGAGUGCCGCGAGGGUCGGGUGGAUUCUCCCGGACGCCGACUGUGGAGGAGGUUCCCCGAGCACGUCCAGGAGAUACUGGAGCCUCACCUCAGCAGCAGGUACAAGAGCAGCCAGAAGGAGGUGAAGUGGUCCGACCUGAAGAAGCCCGUCUACCUCAGCAACCGGGGAAGCAAGUUCUCCGACUGGGCCGCCACGUGGGCCGCGUACCUCAUCAGCAAAGUGCGUCACGAGCUGGCCAGCCGUGUGUUCACCUGCUGCAGUUUCAUCGUGAAGCACGACUACAAGGUGACCAUCUACCUGCUGCCUCACGUGCUGCUCUACAUGCUGCUGGGCUGCACGCCGGCCGAGCAGAAAGAGGUGACGGAGGAGAUGAUGGCUGUGCUGACGGAGAGCGAGGGGCGCGUCCAGGAGACGGUUUCCAGCCGAUCGCAGCUCAGCACGCAGACGGUGUUCAGCAUGCUGGCUCACCUCACCCAGUGGAGCCGCCACAUCCUCUACGCCAGGCCCAAACACAAUGAAAGUGGCGAGUACCAGCGCGUGGUGGCCUUCCUCAAGGGCAUCCCGCAGGAUGUCAUGGCCAAGGCGUCGCUCCGCUCCAAGGCCUACACGCGGGCGCUCAUGCACUUUGAAGCUUACAUCCUGGAGAACAAAGAGGACAUCCAGGACCACCUCACCUUCCUGCAGACUUUGUACGCCGCCAUGCACGAGCCCGACGGCGUGAGGGGGGUGAACGCCCUGAGGCGGGAGGAGCCGUCGCUACGGGAACAAAUCCUGGAGCACGAGAGCAUCGGCCUCCUGCAGGAUGCGACCGCGUGCUACGACCGCGCCAUACAGCUCGAGUCGGACCAGAUUGGCCACUAUCACGGCGUGAUGACGUCUCGCUUGGGCCUGGGCCAGCUGUCCACAGUCAUCACGCAAAUUAACGGAGUGCUGGCCGACAAGCAGCAGUGGACCUCGGAGCUGAACGCCUACCGGGUGGAGGCCGCCUGGAAGCUUGGCAAAUGGGACCUGCUGGAGGACUAUUUGACUUCAGACCUCCAGUCCAGCACGUGGGGAAUUCGACUGGGUCAGCUGCUGCUGGCAGCCAAGAAGCAGGAUAGCGCCGCCUUCUUCCAGGAGCUGAAGAUGGUCCGAAAAGAGCAGGUGGUCCCGUUGUCUGCCGCCAGCUACGAGUGCGGUACCUACCAGAGGGGAUACGAGUACAUCAUCAGGCUGCACAUGCUGAGCGAGUUGGAGCACACGUUCACUGAGCUUCAGGAGCGGGAGGGAGGCUCCGCCCCUGGCCUCAGACAACUCCCCGCCCAUUGGUCGGAUCGGCUGGAGAUGACCCAGAACUCCUUCCGGGCCAAAGAACCCAUCCUGGCCCUCCGCCGCGCCCUGCUCAGCCUGCAGUCGAAGCCUACGAGCCAGAAGCUGGUGGGCGAGUGCUGGCUGCAGAGCGCCCGGGUGGCCAGGAAGGCCGGACAUCACCAGACGGCCUUCAACGCGCUCCUCAACGCGGAGAACACGCACCUGGCUGAGCUGCUCACAGAGAAGGCCAAGUGGCUUUGGUCCAAGGGCGACGUCCACCAGGCGCUGAUCGUGCUGCAGAAGGGCGUGGCCCAGUGCUUCCCCGACGAGCGGCCCCCGUCGGACCCUCGCGACCUGCAGACCAAAGGCCGAGCCAUGCUGCUGGUGGGCCGCUUCAUGGAGGAGACGGCCAACUUCGAGUCCAACGCCAUCAUGAAGACGUACAAGGAUGUGACCAAUCUUCUCCCUGAGUGGGAGGACGGCAACUUCUACCUGGCCAAGUACUAUGACAAAGUCAUGCCCAUGGUGACCGACAGCAAGCUGGAGAGACAAGGGAACCUCAUCAGAUACAUUGUCACCUAUUUCGGAAAAGCGCUGCAGUUUGGGAACCAAUUCAUCUACCAGGCCAUGCCCCGAAUGCUCUCACUCUGGCUAGACUUUGGAGCCAAAGUUUGCGAGUGCGAGAAAGCGGGGCGGGCCGACAGGCAGCUGCGUCAGGAGCUGUCCAAGAUCAACACGGCGGUGGGCGAGCACUGCGCCAACCUGGCUCCCUACCAGUUCCUGACGGCCUUCUCGCAGCUCAUCUCCCGCGUGUGCCACUCCAGCGACGACGUCUUCGCCGUCCUCAUGACCAUCGUGGCGAAGGUCUUCCUGGCGUACCCGCAGCAGGCCAUGUGGCUCAUGACGGCCGUGUCCAAGUCUUCCUAUCCGACCCGCAUGAACCGCUGUAGUCAGAUCCUGAAGAAGGCCAUCAGCCUCAAGCCAUCUCUGGAUAAGUUUGUUUUCGACGCCAACAGGUUGACUGACAAGCUGGUGGAGCUCUGCAACAAGCCGGUGGACGGCAACAGCAGCACGCUGAGCAUGAGCGUCCAUUUCAAGCAGCUGAAGCGUCUGGUGGAGGAGCCCACCUUCAGCGAGAUCCUCAUCCCGCUCCAGUCCGUGCUCAUCCCCACGCUGCCCUACACGGGCGGGGCCAACGCCACCCACGACGCCUUCCCGGGACACUGGGCCUACCUGAACAGCUUCGAAGACCAGGUGGAGAUCUUGGCCUCCCUGCAGAAGCCCAAGAAGAUCAGUCUGAAGGGGUCUGACGGCCGCAGCUACACCAUGAUGUGCAAGCCCAAAGAUGAUCUGAGGAAGGACUGCAGGCUUAUGGAGUUCAACUGCCUCAUUAAUAAGUGCUUGCGCAAAGACGCCGAGUCCCGGCGUCGGGAGCUGCACAUCCGCACCUACGCCGUCAUCCCCCUCAACGAGGAGUGCGGCAUCAUCGAGUGGGUCAACAACACGGCCGGGCUCCGACACAUCCUCACCAAGCUGUACAAGGAGAGAGGUGUGUACUUGUCGGGCAAGGAGCUGAGGAAGCUGAUCCUCCCCAAGACCGCCCCGUUCGAGGAGAAGCUCCGCAUACACAAGGAGGUGCUGUGCGCCCGGCACCCCCCCGUCUUCUACGAGUGGUUCCUGCGCACCUUCCCCGACCCCACGUCGUGGUACAGCAGCCGCUCCGCAUACUGCCGCUCCAUUGCCGUCAUGUCCAUGGUGGGCUACGUCCUAGGCCUUGGGGACCGCCACGGCGAGAACAUCCUAUUUGACUCCUUCACGGGGGACUGCGUGCACGUGGACUUCAACUGCCUCUUUAAUAAGGGGGAGACGUUCGACGUGCCCGAAGUGGUCCCGUUCCGCCUGACCCACAACAUGCUGCACGCCAUGGGGCCCAUGGGCACCGAGGGCCUCUUCAGGCAGGCCUGCGAGGUCACGCUGAGGCUGAUGCGGGACCAGCGGGAGCCUCUCAUGAGUGUUCUGAAGACUUUCCUCCACGACCCCCUGGUGGAAUGGAGCAAACAAGGCAAAGGACUUUGCAAAACUCAGGCUCACGAGACCGGCGAGAUCGUCAACGAAAAGGCCAAAACGCACGUGUGCGACAUCGAGCAGCGUCUCCAGGGCGUGAUCAAGAGCCGCAACAAAGUUCUGGGACUGCCCCUGUCCAUCGAGGGCCACGUACACUACCUGAUUCAGGAGGCCACGGACGACAAGCUGCUCUGUCUGAUGUACCUGGGCUGGGGGCCCUACCUGUAACGUGCGCACUUUCCAUAUUUGCUUUCAUAUUCACCAGCCCCAGUUAUCCCUCGCGAGUUCCUGUUUUCUGGAACCCGCCCUUUAUGUACAUGUUUUUGUCAAUAAAUGAGUUUUAUGUUUUGUACCUUUUUACACGUGUUUCACAACAAGCAGUUGUUUGGAAGAUGGUGGACGGUUGUUCAAGAACAGGUUUCAAGAUGUUUAUUUGAUGUUCCCUGUUGAGGUUUAUUGUCAAACAAGACGUAUAAAAAAAAAAUAAAUUGCGUGAUUCUGAAAUGUAUGUUAUGUUUCAGUUUUGGGUAACCUAGUCUAGCCUAGUUUACCUAAUUUUAGGAGGAAUUUUUGAACAUGC